AUGCCGUUCUCCUCGAGCUCUUCAGACCCUGCCGACUUCUCGUUCCCUUCCCCCGUGGAUCCUGCUGCUGGUUUGCAUGCCACUGCACCGUUGGACUUUGGAAAGCUUCUUCUGGGGGAUGGCCCACCUACUGCAGACUUUGAUAACAUGAAUAUGGACUGGCUGCAUGAAGCCCAAACAGCGCACACAGACUUUAUGGAGUUCCUCAACGUCGAUAGCAACGACCCGACAGGCUGUCCGAUGCAGACAGAACGCGAACCCGACGAGUUGUUGCAACUGAACCUUGAGAACCCCGCUGAACCGUGUUUUCCGCAGUUGCCCGGACAGCCCCAGGAGACGUCAAUCGACCAAAGCACUUCUAUUGCAGCGGCUUGUCUUGCGCCUGAGCAGACCAAACAGAUCAGUGAUGGUCGUGCAGAGGCCUACCCUGACGGCAACAAGCAUUUCCACUCUCUUCCCGCUGUAUCUGCAACCCAGCUGGCUAGUAUGACCCCUCUAGAGAAGCAGACUCUAGAGAGAUGGGAGACUGGCCUGCAAAAGUGCUCGCAGCUUCGUGCUCUGGACGCGUCAACGCUCGAAUGCCUCUGGCUAGAGCGCUGGAAUGCCGCCCAGGCUGGCACUGAGGUCCGCCCGCACACGGCGGAAACACCCAAGGAUCUGUGGCAGAUACCGAUCAAUACUGCGCUCGUAUAUCCCGAGAGCCACAUAAGCAUCACGUAA